AUGCCCAUUGUGGGUCGCAGACGAGCGAAAAGAAAUUUUCUAUCAACAAUUGAAACACUAAAUGGUUUCUGUCAACUUCCAUUUAAUAUUUCAACAUUUGAUAUUUAUUUCUGUUAUCAACCAAAUGCGAGUACACCGGCUUAUUGUCCUACAUCGACGAAUGGGACGACAGGUGAUUGUGAUCCAGGAUUUUAUGGUAUUGAAACAUUCAAUAGUACUGGUAUAACAUCGCAUGAAUUAUUGGAAGUAGACAUUGACAUAGAAGGAUAUCAUUGCUUGGGAUUUUUCUAUUAUUUCACAAAUGGGAAUAGUAAUGCAAGUAUUAAAGUAAUGAGUAAAUCACUGAUUGGGGGAUUCAACGAAACAAUUGGCUUAGCUACUGAAUGGACAGCAAAUAAAUGGCAUGAAUAUAGAAAUACAUUCGAGAUAAUAACAACUGAAUUACAGGUAUAA